UUUUGUGUCACGUGAGUUGGAGUAGCAUUUCCAAAAUGGUGGAUUUCCUUGCGGAAAACAACGCUUGCGGACAAACCAUUUUAAAGCUCGUAAGCAGAGGAAAUGCAAUCGUCGCUGAGCUCCUCCGGCUUUCAGAGUUUGUGCCUCCCGUGUUUAAGCUAGAAAGCAGAGAAGAGCGAGAGAAAUAUGCAGAAAUCUUGGCUGAUUUUUCGUACUUCAAGGGCCCAGAUUACUACGAGCACAAGAUCGAUUCUAGACCGGAGCUGCAGGAUCUUGAUGAGGAAUUUCGUGAAAACCACCUUGAAAUUCUCACCAGGUUUUACAAAGCAUUUGAGAGUGUCCACAAAUAUGUUGUGGAUCUAAACAGAUUCCUUGAAGACUUGGACGAAGGAGUGUUUAUCCAGCAAACACUCGAUAGUGUCCUUCUAAAUGGAGAUGGGAAACAGUUGAUGUGUGAAAGUCUUUAUCUUUAUGGGGUGAUGCUUUUGGUGAUUGACAUGAAGUUUGAAAGUGAUGUUCGAGAACGUAUGCUAGUCUCCUACCACAGAUAUUGUGCUGCAAGGGCUGAUGUUGACUCCAACUUGGAUGAUGUUUGUAAACUGCUCCGUAGCACUGGCUUCUCUGUCGUACCAGGUGCCAAGCGACCUGCAAAGUACCCUGAGGACUACUUCAGCCGCAUUGAAAUUUCUAAGACAUUUGUUGACAUGCUAAUUGGAAGACUACGUUCUGAUGAUGUCUACAACCAGAUUUCUGGGUAUCCUCUUCCUGAACACCGGAGUACAGCACUUGCCACCCAGGCAUCCAUGCUGUUUGUGAUACUGUACUUUGCACCAGAGAUACUACACAGCCAACAGGCAAAGAUGAGAGAAAUUGUGGACAAACAUUUCCCUGAUAACUGGGUGAUCAGUAUCUACAUGGGGAUCGUAGUUAAUUUAGUUGAAGCUUGGGAGCCCUACAAAGCAGCAAGAACAGCCUUGAACAACACUCUGGACAGUAACAAUAUAAAAACACUGGCAACAAAGACAAAUGCCAAAGUUCAGCACCUAAACAAAGAAGUGUUGAAUUACCUAAAGGAAGGCUUCCUGGUCGAUGAGUAUGUACUCGACAACAUUCCUAAACUCAUGAACUGCAUGCGAGACUGUAACGUCGCUCUUAGAUGGCUUAUGCUGCACACCUGUGAUGCGUUUGACUCGUUCAAGAGAUGUCGAGCUAUCAAAGAGCUUGUCACGACUGCAGGAUACUCCCCGAGGGCGGUAUUCGAGCUGCUGCUCAACACAGCACAGUUUGAAUUAAACUUAAAAGAGAUGUUCAAGCAGAUGCUUGCUAAGAAGCAGGGAACAUGGGAGAAGAAUAAAACUGAAGGGAUCGACCGAAUGACGGAGCUAUCCGAAGUGUUUUCCGGGACCAAGCCUCUCACAAGAAUCGAGAAAAACGAAAAUCUGCAGGCGUGGUUUAAAGAGAUGUCAAAUCAGAUUUCUUCCCUGAGCUAUGAGGACUCCACAUCAGCUGGAAGGAAGAUGGUGCAACUCAUACAAGCUUUGGAAGAGGUGCAGGAAUUCCACCAGCUAGAUAGCAACCUUCAAGUUCGCCAGUUUCUCCUGGAGACACGUACCUUUUUGCACCAGAUGAUACGGACCAUCAACAUCAAAGAAGAAGUGCUGAUCACGAUCCAGCUUGUCGCCGACCUGUCCUACGCCUGGAUUAUCAUUGAUAGUUAUUCUGGGUUCAUGCAGCAGGGGAUCAAAUCAAAUCCUUCACUUGUGCAAAAACUGAGGGCAACAUUUCUCAAGAUGGCGUCCGCUAUGGACCUUCCCCUCGUGCGUAUCGGACAGGCCAAUAGUCCGGACUUGGUCAGCGUUUCACAGUAUUACUCCGGUGAACUCGUGUCUUAUGUCAGAAAGGUGCUCCAGAUCAUUCCCCAAACGAUGUUCGGACUGCUGGACAAGAUCAUCAAACUACAGACCAACAACAUCAAGGAGGUGCCGACCAGACUAGAGAAAGAUAAAUUACGCGAGUACGCACAAUUCGAUGAGCGCUACGAGAUUGCCCGGCUGACUCACUCGAUCUCUGUCUUCACUGAGGGAAUUUUGAUGAUGAAGACGACGCUUGUUGGAAUAAUAAAGGUGGAUCCCAAGCAGUUACUGGAAGACGGCAUUCGCAAGGAGCUGGUUCAACAGGUAGCCCAAGCUUUACACUUUGGACUCAUCUUCAACCCAAAAGCCAAGCAAAGUGAGCUAUCUGCACGUUUACGAGAGCUAGGGGAGAAGAUGGACGGAUUCAAGCGCUCGUUUGAGUAUAUCCAGGACUACAUCAACAUCUAUGGGCUGAAGAUUUGGCAGGAAGAGAUCUCCCGCAUCAUCAACUACAACGUGGAGCAAGAGUGUAACAGUUUCCUUCGCGAAAAGGUUCAUGAUUGGCAAUCCAUCUACCAGUCCACCGCAAUUCCCAUCCCAAAGUUUCCUCGAGUCGACGAAUCUGUCAACUUCAUCGGAAGGCUAGCGCGGGAGAUAUUGCGUAUAACAGAUCCUAGGGUAACCUGCUAUAUUGACCAAAUGGGGGCGUGGUACGACAGCCGCACCAAACAAGAGGUGAUGAACCUGCUGAUCAUACGUCAGCUGCAGCAGAGCGUGGGCACGUUCGGACUGACGGGACUUGAUAAACUGCUCUCCUUCAUGAUCGUCAAGGAGCUACAGAAAUUCGUCCUGCUAAUUCAGUCGUCACUCCGGGACAAGCUUGUAAUGGAAACACUCACAUACCUCUCCAAGUCACUCACGCCCGUCAAGAGCCUUGUGGCUGCUCCUUACAAAGUGUACCCGGCAGCGACUCAAAAGUUGACCAAGCUGUGGACCGUGUACACGGAGGCUAUUAUGAAGGUUGGUCAAAUGCAGCUUAUCAGACGUCAAAUUGCCAAUGAGUUGAAUUGCUCUUGUAAAUUUGACUCUAAGAUCCACGAGAAUGCUCUUCGAACCUUCAACAGCUCUUUGCUACGUGAUAUCGAGGCUCAUUACCAGGACCCCUCGCUGCCUUAUCCUAAGGAAGACAACCCACUCAUGUUCGAGCUGACGUCAUAUCUUGAGUGGGCUGGUAUCCACAACCCGCUCAACAAGAUUUACGUCACUACCAAGAAGUACCCAUUCUUCGCGAUGUUGAACUUCCUGUGCGUGAUAUCGCAGAUCCCCAAACUCAUUUACAUGAAGAGUGCUGGUACCCUCGUCGCCCGAAAGCCCACAGAUCAAGUUGACAGCGCGCCGUUCGUUGUUGGCAUGAUCACAGUACUGAAGCAGUUUCACUCCGAGUAUUCGGAACAGUUCUUUGCUUGCUGUGGGCAGUAUGUUCGCUCCCUCGUCGAAGCCGCAGCAACCAACAUCCGCACAAAUGAGCUGCCACAAGAAAUUGUCAAUUUGAUGAUAUUUCUGGAAGAUUACUUGUCAUACAGCCAACAGCCGCGUAAGGUUGUAGAGGCUCACAUCCCGACCUACAUCUUCGAUCAGUUCCGUCAUGACUUACCUUAGACGCGAGGUAAAGCCGAUGGCUGAUAAGUAGGGUGACUCGAUAACCACUUGUAGAAUAAAGGGGAUCAGCCAAAUUUGCCUUUCUUUAAGACAUCAUGGCCUUAGCAGGGAAAUCCCCCCUCCCCAAUUGUUAGUCAAUGAUUAUAAGGAAGUGACCAGUAAGAUGGUAGCUGUGCUCGCCCUCAAUCGCCCUCCCCCUUUCCCAAUCAUCAUUCUAGGCCUGAUACAGUUCUAAUAGGAUUAAAAGAUUCAAGAAAAUAGCACUCGAAUCAUGAAAUUUGUAAAAAAAAAAAUUUUAAAAAUGAUAUUAUCGAUUAGUAUUUUAAUAAAUGUUAAAAAUAUAGGUCUCGUGCGAUUCCUCUCCAGAGGUUAAUACCCCUUUUUCACUUUUCAGUUGCUCGCAUCAUUUAGUGCGGAAAUGGAGUGUUUGAAUAAAAGUUAAUGAAUAUUUACCAAGGAAGCCAAGUUUUGUCAUUUGUAAACCACAAAAUCUAUAGUUUUCACACGGUGUAAAUGACAUUACUUUGAUUGCUUUUGCCUGAAACAUCUACCUGCAAAAAAAAAAUAUCACUCAGAGCGUGGUGUAUUUAUCAAAAUUAGUUGAUUUAACUUAGAUUUCUUCAAUAAAUGAGUUUAAUUUGAUUUGAUUUAUACGGAAUCUUUUGAUCUUGCCAAAAAGUCCCAUAAACGUUAAUUAAAAAGCAAAACUAAGCUAAACGUGUUUCAAAUCUUUAUUUGUAAAUCUUUAUCUUUAUUACUAUAGUUUUUUUCAUUUGAUGUAUCACAACUUAUGCUCUCUGAGGGUUCUGUUCGCUUAUCUUACAUUUUCCCAUUUUUUCAUUGUGUUUUCUCGCUUAUCUCGGCCUUUAUCUAGAAGAGUUCAGUUUUCACUCCUCUGUAUGAUAAAAAUAUCUCGCUUUCUGUUUUAUCUCCAUUACAUGUGUGAUCCCGUGAUUAACGAGUUGUUAAUAGUCAUGAUUGAAUAAAAAGACGACGGGUUUUGUUUGAAUUGCGCAAGUCACACUCUUAGAUAUUAUCUAAGCUUAGUUAUUAACUCGAGUUGGAAUAUAUUAUUAUCUAAAA